GGCUUUAGGGUUGCUUUGUGCUAGCAGUUGGAUAUAAAGCUGCCCUAACACAGCCUAGGAUCUGGCCUAUUAUUUGUAAGUUCACUGAGGACGCAGUAACCCCAAAUUCCUAGUUUGAGUUGGUCCCUUGAACAUUUUACCCAGAUGUUCCUAACUGCUGUCUUAUUCUACGUGUUUGUUUACUCUUUUCAUGACAGUUUUUUCCUUAUUAAAUAAAACAGCAACUAUCUGUCCAUCAAUUGGCUGGUUUCUCAAGAGUGUUUUACAGAGAGACUCUUGGACAGAUUUGAGGGAGGAGAAGAUGGUGGAUUUACAUUUCAGUUUUGGGAAGGUGCUCCCCCAUGUAAAGGGCAACAUGGAAGAAGGUGCAGAGAUGUUAUGGUCAAAUUCUUUAUUUUUCCAAAUUCAUAGGGUGUCCCAUAUGAAUCUUUUACCAUUGUAAAAAUAUACAGCGAGGAGGAAACACCUCACAAUGGAGUCAUUCUUCUGUCAUCCCUGGCAGAAUCCUGCGGUUUGCAAAGUCUGCUGAAUAAUGCAGAAAUCUUCAUUAUAAUACAUUGCCUCUGCCUGAGCUAUUUAAAAAGAGUCAAGAAGGUGAAAACCUUGCUAUCCCUUUUAUCAUACUGUCUUAAAACUUUCAAAACAACUAUCGCGUCAUCCCAGUCUCCACUCUUUUAGAAUGAGAAUAAGCACAAGUCCUUUAACCUUUCCUUAAUUAGAUUCUUCAUCAAAGGUCUAGUUCUAAACAACACAAUCAUCUACGCUGGGAUAUCUAGUGGCAAUAUGAUUGUCCUUUGAUGUGGUUAAAUCAUAAUUCCAUUUGGCAGUGAGAUGGGUCUAACUGCCUGUUAACUGUGACCUUCAAAUCAUUCUAAUGCUACCUGUCAGAAAACAGCUAUCCUGUAACCAGGGCUGCAAACAUGGUGUGGAUUUACUGUGGAUCAAUAUACGACAUCCAGUCUUCCUCAAAAUAGCUUUGAUAGUCGAAAAAGAGAGCAACUACAGCUGUGAACCAGCAUUUCAGCUGCGAUUGAAAACAGCCAACUAGAAUUCAGCUGCAGCUGGCCAAUGACAGAACCUCUGGGUUGAAUUGUAAAACAGCCAAUCCGGAUCAGUGUUUCAUUUGGCUAGUAAGAAGAGAUGUCAUGCUGCAUUCCUGGCUGUUAGUGCCAAUUAUGCUCGGCUGGUCUCGCGAUGUCCUUUCAGUAGAAGCAAACUGUAACCCAGAAAUGUGUGCACAGAUCAGACACCUGCGGCAGCCCUAAAAUCUGCAGCACAGCUCCUAGAAUAGCAACAGCCAGGAGCAGAAACACUGGAGCAAGUGGUAUUGCAGAGAGGAUUCGCCACCCCGUCUGUUGGGGGGAUUCUGUACCAAUGUGGAGACCAUAUGAACCUCUGAUUGGACCCCACCAUUUCCUGUUGUAUGAAGGAGGGUGCUUUGCCCCUGGGGAACAACUUCUGUAGGCUGACAUGGCAAUGAUGAGAUCCGACUUGGGCAUUAUGAAGAUCCUUCACUUGAAGAAGAGAGGCUGUUUUCUGCUGAAGCUUUUGUGUCUGGUUUCCUUGGUGUUAAUCUUUUGUGAAUUCUUAGUUUAUUAUGUGGUGAUAUUUCAGUGUCAUUGGCCAGAAGUUAAAAUAGAAGCUCACAGGAGCAGCAAACAGUCUUCGGCUUCUGUCUUGAAGGCCAUGUUUUUAUCUGAUACCCACCUGCUUGGUGAAAUCAAAGGGCAUUGGCUAGACAAAUUAAGAAGGGAAUGGCAAAUGGAGAGAGCCUUCCAAACUGCCUUGUCAUUACUGGAGCCAGAUAUUGUUUUCAUCCUAGGAGACGUCUUUGAUGAAGGAAAGUGGAGCUCCUCCCAGGCCUGGGCAGAUGAUGUCAGGCGGUUUCAGAAAAUGUUCCGACAUCCAGUUCGCACUGAGCUAAUGGUUGUUGUUGGCAACCAUGACAUUGGCUUUCACUACGAAAUGACCACUUACAAGUUAAAACGGUUUGCAAAAGUUUUCAACUUCACCUCAGGAAAGCUAAUAACCCGGAAGGGGGUAAAUUUUGUCAUGGUGAACAGUGUUGCCCUGGAUGGUGAUGGGUGCACUGUCUGCAGCAGGGCAGAGGCAAAGCUCAUGAAGCUUUCUCAUAAACUGAAUUGCUCCCAACAGCAGGAACAGAAUCAUUCCAACAAAAGAUGCAGUGGUGUGGAACAGCUUCCAGCUUCAGAAGCAAUCCUUUUACAGCAUUACCCUCUUUACAGAAGAAGUGACGCUGAAUGUACCGGAGAAGAUUCUGCUCUUCCAGAGGAAAAGAACAUCCCAUUUAAAGAAAAGUAUGACGUACUGUCUAGAGAGGCUUCACAAAAGCUGUUAUGGUGGUUUCAUCCCCGUUUGAUUCUGAGUGGCCAUACCCACAGUGCAUGCGAAGUGUUGCAUAAUGGGAAGAUUCCAGAAAUCAGUGUCCCAUCAUUUAGUUGGAGGAACAGAAACAACCCUAGUUUCAUCAUGGGCAGCAUAACACCAACCGACUUCUCCCUCUACAAGUGUUUCCUUCCACUUGAGAGCAGAGUUGUUACUAUAUACUGUAUAGCAGGGGCUCUACUUGGGGUACUGAUACUAGCUCAUCUUCAACUUCUCAAUCCACCUUUUUAUUUUGCUCAGCACUUAAUCAGGAAGCAUAAAGCAGUAUGAAGAGCCAGACAUCUGCAUUCAGUUACUGAAAUACCAAAGCUGAGAACAGUCAAACAUCAGACUAUAUUCAUGCCAGCAAAUUACCUAAUUGGAUUGUUAAUCCGAAGGCGGCAGGUCGCAUUUACACAUACCAUAGAAAUCCUACACAGUUGAUAUGACUACUACAGGAUAAAUAAUUAACUGAAAUGAACUGUUUUCAUGCUGUACAAAAAUACAGUAUUCUACAAUCAAAUGAGUCCAUUUCCUUGCUAUAAUUUUUGUAUCAAAUAUGUAUACUAAAAGGUUGUAACUGUACAUUAUGUAAAUCCUACAGCCUCUGCACUAGAAUGUCCUACCUGGGAGGAGGCAUAGUCUUUCAAGCUGGAACCGUCACUGUAUGUUUUAUUGCUACAUGCCCUUCUAACGUGAUACUUCUGUUUCUUAAUGUCAGCAGGAGAUAGAUGCAUCAGUGGAUUUCCUUAGCAUUCCUAAGCUGUCACACACAAAAAACUGUUGUUUGGGAGAAAUCCCUGCUGCGUUAGUAGUUGUAGAUUGUAAUCCCCUGUCUGCCAGACCAUCUUUCCACCCCUCCAGGGUCUACUUGCCAAAACACUUCAGCCCUUCCAAAAAUUUGGGUGGACCCUCUCAAGCUGCUCUUUUUAAUAAAAUGUGCUAUCAUAAUCUUAAACUACAGGGCCCUAUUGCACCCUAUAGGUCAAUGUGGAGAGGUUUUCCCCAACAAAGGAGGUCAGAUACUGCUGCAGUAACAUUUUCCCAUAGCUUUAUGGUGGAGGACCAGGUGCAUGUUAUGCCCCUGGAGGAUUCCAAAAGAAUGUUAACAAAACUUGGUUAUAUUAAUGCAGAGCCAGCUUUGGGCUGUAAUGUCAACCGUAAUGGAGUUUUGGGGAUUGCUUUGUAGGGGAAAGCUGUAGCAGCAGAGCUCCAUUGGAGCCACAGCAAUCCUCAGAGCUGGCGUAGUUGAGGCUCUCCGCCUCUGGGUGGCUAGAUUGCAAAAAUCUAGAAGCCAGAAUCCCUGCUGCUUUAUGGGGACAGGAUAGACAAAUACAAUUACAAGAAAAACCAUAAGGAAUUUCCACAGCAGGAACCAGUUUGCCUUUUGGUGCCCUGAAGAGACGGGGGUUUUUAUUCUACAGGGCUGGUUUGUUUUGCCUACUUUACCUUUCAAGUGGGAAUGAGUAAUAAAAGAAAGUUUGCAUGUUUCUAAAAUAAUUUUGGAAGGGGAGGUGUGAGAAUCUAUGCAUAACCGGCAGUGGUAGAUUUAGGGAAUUAUACCUAUUACUAGCUAACCCCUGCCUUUCACUUUCUAGGAAAUACAUAACUGAAUUGCAAAUAUAGAAAUAUCAAGACUAUACAUCCUACUAGCAAUUUCACUUGGAAGGAUAAUCUUACAAAGAUACCAUACUGUCUCUAAAAUUAUCCUAUUUUAAAAUAAAAUUACUAAAUUUCUCUAAUUUAAUUUUAAGUAAAAGAGGACUGGGUUUAUAAAUAGCAUGAAUCAUGGCUGUAUUAUAAAAAUCUGAUUCAUAUUGUGUUCCUGAAAACAACAAUUCAGAUCUUAAUUUGUCCCUAAAAUUUAAAACAAAGAUGGAGAUAGUCCAAGGAGUGAUUAAACAAUCUAUGAAGUAAUGUAGGCUAACACUUCUCUAGGUUUCUGUUAUUGCAACUGUAAUUUUAGACAUUUGUACAGGUUAUCUUGGACACAGGAAAAGUAUAUACUCACAGAGACAUAAAACACCUAUGUAUAAAAUAUAAAGCAAUGUUAUAGUUACUAAAAAGGACAUGCCUUAUUGCUACAGCAAUUCUUGCUUUUUAUAUAUUGUACUGUACCACAACUUGUUUUGAGAAUGUCAUUUGCAUAAAUUAUUCAAGUUUGAGAAAUAUUCACACAGUUGAUU